AGAUCGACAAUUUGGUCCAAAAAUCUGCAGUUUUCGCGAGUCCUACAAAAGUGGGUGCAAGGAGAGCAAAGGACUGGAAUUUGUGGCUUCAACUUCAUCAAAAUUGUGUCAAGGAUGGUCGCAAUUUGGUUGUUAUGUCAUUAUAAUGAUCGGAAUUUUGAUGUGAGGGUACAAGAUACUGAUGAAACGAACUACAUGGAUUUGGUUGAUGACUUGUUUGAUGAUUCUAUUAAGCAAGAUGUUCUGAUUCCCGAUUUAUUUAGAUUGUUUUAUGUUAAUCCUAGUACGAAUAAAAGAGUAGAAUUGUUGAAUGAUGUUGGUUUGAUGGGCAUGUGGGGUUUAUUUAAGCGCACAGAUACUGUGGAAAUAUGGAUAGAGAAGGCAAAUGAGAAGGAAACUUCAAUCCAAUUUAGGACUGCAGUUAAGAAAAGGAAGGAUAGGAAGGAAAGGAAGGCUGCAGAACUUAGAAGGAAAGCUGAGGAGUUUGAGAGGGAGAGGGAAGAGGAAAGGAGAAGGUUAGAAAGGGAGGCUGAGAUUCAAAGGGAUUUGGAGGAGCAAUUGGCAAACACAGUGGCAGUUGAGGUGCCUGUGUAUGAUGUUGAGGAUUUAAGCGUAGAGUACGUACGUGUUUACAGCUCACAACAUGCUGACUGCUUUUCCCCGGGAGGUUCCCAACCACCAAAUACACAAAAAGAGCCUUCACCACCACCAAGAGAGCCCUCACCACCACCAAAUAAUCCAUCACCACCACCAAGAAGUCCCUCACCACCACCAAAUAAUCCAUCACCACCACCAAGAAGUCCCUCACCACCACCAAAUAAUCCAUCACCACCACCAAGAAGUCCCUCACCACCACCAACCUCACCACAGACACAACCACAGCAACAACAACAACAACAGACAGAACAUCAGCAACAACAACAAACAGAACAUCAACAACAACAACAAACAGAACAACAGCAACACCAACCCACAGAACAGCAGCAACAACAUCAAACAGAACACCAGCCAGAUCAGACACCCCCUCCUAACAGGGCUGAGUUAAACAAAGGGAGGGGUUUCAGAAUUUCCAGAAGUCAUGCUAAGAAGACGGGUGAGUUUGUUCCUAAGAAGAGGGGGGAAGGCCUGCUGGUUCAAGGGUGAGGAAACCCACUGCAUACAAUGUGGAGGAAGAGGAGCAAUGGGAUGAUGAGAGUGAUGAUGAAAAUUUUGAGGAGAGUGAGAGUGAUAGUGAAACUGGUUUCAACUCCGACGAUUUCAUUGACGAAGAAAUUGAAGAAGAUGAAGAACAAGAUGUUCUUAAGGAGGUAAUUUCUGAGAGAAGUUUUGAGGAUCAUUUAGAUGGGAGUAAUAAGCUGGAUAAUUUGUAUGCAAAUGGGAAAGUUGUGGGAAGCAUGCCAUGGGGGACUAUCAAGUUGCAACCAUGGAUGAUAUUCCAAAGCAAGACACACUUCAUGGAGGUCUUCAGAGACUUCUGUAUUCAAGAGGGAUUUGCUGUGAGUGUUGAAAAGGCUGAUACAACCAGAUUCACUGCAAUAUGUCUGGUUGAGUCAUGC